UGGCAAAAUAAAAGGGGUAUUGGCAUGCGUGAGGUUGAAUCCCCCAACCCCAAAUAUUGCAUUAGACUGCAACAUUAGAUCAAUAUUUAGUGAAAUUUAAGUUUAGUUCAUUCAAGACAGAUCUGUCGUGUUUCAUCUCCGGCCAACGCAAUUAGGGCACGAAAAUCUGGCGAUUUUGAUCAUCAUUUUUGUAGAAUCGGUUCUAUCGUUGCAUUGAUUUUUUGCUCUUCGGUCCUAUUUCUGCAGCGGAAGAUCAUUCUCAGUCUCCGCCCUCUGCAUUAGAUUGGUUCUUUAAGUAGUAGUUUUCUGCAAAGCCACUCACUUGCCCAGAUUAUUCUUCGUUCACGAUCAUCGAAAAUUGAUUUUUUGUUGAAUAAUCCCAGAAAUUUAUAUCUCUCUCGGCCAAGAGAUUGGGUCUGGUUUUUGAGAAUUUUUGGAAUGGAUCUGUUUUUCCUGAUUGCUGGGAGUAUUUUUCUAGGAGUUAUGGCAGCUUAAUUGAAGUCGACUUCUUUUUUGGAAGUAGGAGAAGAAAAGAAAUCUCAUUAUCAAAAUUAGGGCUUCCCAAUGACGAUGUAUCAAACUAGAAACAUUGGGUAUCCUUUGAUCAAUCUUGUGAGAUUGAAAGGUUUUCCUAUUCUGCAGCAAUUACAAUUGGAAGAGCGCUUACUUCGAAACUCAUCAGAUAAUUGGUGUAUCAUAAAUGAUGGAACAGAUAAUCCAACUGUUGUGGUGGGCAUUUCUGGGAAACCUGAUGAGCUCCUUGACAUCAAAUCUGUGUUAGGAGAUCAAAUUCCAGUCAUCAGAAGGUUCACAGGGGGUGGAACUGUUAUUGUUGAUCACAACACAGUAUUUGUCACCUUCAUAUGUAAUAAAGAUGCUGUUUCCGGACUAAAACCAUUUCCGCAACCUAUCAUGUCCUGGAGUAGUCAACUAUAUAAUAAAGUAUUUCAAGGAACUGACUUUUAUCUUCGGGAAAAUGAUUAUGUCUUUGGUAACCGCAAGUUUGGUGGCAAUGCUCAGUCCAUUACUAAAAGCCGGUGGAUCCACCAUACAUCUUUUCUGUGGGACUAUGAGGUUAGGAAUAUGACAUAUCUGAAACAUCCAAAACGGACUCCUGAUUACCGUGAGGCAAGGAGCCAUUUGGAUUUUUUAUGCAGCUUGAAGGACUACAUGCCAAGACAGGUAUUUAUUGACAAAACAAUAGAAGCAGUUGAAACUGAGUUUGCUACGAGUUUAAAGAAAUUAAAAGAAUGUGAAUAUUCUUUGACUGGAAACUACAGCCCCACAACAAGGAUGCUGACAGAGCAAGAAUUGGAAACAGCUGCAGGUUUAUCACAAGAUAAUAAGCUUGACAAAGUCUUGGACAUUGCAUUAUAACAUCUUGGUAUAUGAUUAUUUCACCCCAAAUAUUAAAUUUUACAUGCCCCUCAUUUAUAUUAAUCUUGGAAUCAUUUCAAGUUUUAGCUUUAUUUAUUGCUUUGCAACCCCUUUCUCGCUUGGAAUAUUCUUGUUCUUGCCUGUUAACAUUGAAUUAGCAUGGCCAGUCUAAUUCGAGUCACAAUGCACUGUUAGCCAACCCUCAAGGUAUAUUAUAUUUGUAGCUUCUUGAAUUUCUAGAUCGUAGAACGAGAUUGCUUCAAUUUGUGGUAUAUCCUAGACUGUCUUACAGAUGCUAGGACAUGUGUACGUCGUUAUCAAACCAAUUUUUGGGACUAGUAGUUAGUUUAUCUAUUAGAGCCUUCGCGGUGCAAUUGAGUGGUGAUAACUUGUGAAAUUGGAAGGUUUGAGUAUUGGUUCAAUGUGUGAAGAUGGAUAUCCUAGCUAUCCUAGCUAGGGAGGGUGUAUUUUUUCAUAAGAUGGAAUCAUGGAAGAUGCAAGAACAAUAUUGUAGUUAACUUUCCGUUGUACAGGCGCAACCUUCUAGUUUUUGACGAUUGCAUCUCUCCACAUCUCUCCCAACUCCCAUCUUAUUCUGUGGCCGAUGAACACGGUGGAUUCCUUUGAUCGUCAAGUUGGGCAAGCCCUGCCUCAAUUGUCUAGUCCUCUCGAUCAAUGAUGAGGCCUCUUGUUAGUCGGCACCUCCUCACGGAUCGUUUAAGGUGAACUAUGGUGCGGCCUUCUUGAAUGGUGAUGUGGGUAUUGGAGUCCUUGUUCCCGACUCAAAUGGUGAUGUUAUGCUUGGUAUGGAAAGUCACACUUCUAUUGCAGGAUCUGUUGUGCUCGUAGAGGCUAUUGUCAUAUUUAAUGGUUUGUUUAGAGCUCUUGAGGUUGGUAUUUCCCACUUUGGGCUAAAAUUGAUUUCCUAAUUCUAUGGAAUCUUUUGGUUGAGAAAACCAUAUUUGCGAAUGAGUUUCAGAUUUUUGUGGUUUC